CUACGAAAGUGAAAAUGGAUUGUUAAAGAUAUAUGAGUGCUCUAAAGAAACCACAACUCAUUUAAGACGCUCAAACAGGUCUGGAAAUUUCGUCGACACAGCAUUUCUUGUGUACAGUACCAAAGUGGAAUAUUUACGAUAGACAGUUAGACACUAGGCCUACUUGUUUAUAAAACCUAGUAUUUGUCCAAUGCAUCGUGAUUAGUUCGGUGUUUACUGAAGAGUCAACAAAAUAACACGCCAAUGUGAAGGUCAUCCCAAAACCUGUAAGGCGAAAGCGAGCAGAGGUAGACUGUACACAGCAAUCCUCAAGCAAAGAAUGUUGACUGCAUAAAAGACAACUCAUUACAGUGGGAACUGAAAGCUCCUAGGUUGCAGAAAGUUCCUACAUAAGAUUGUUAAUUUGUGAACUCUACUUUACCUCCCCAUGAUUAUGUGUCACAGGAUUUCUCUCAGGAAAGUACCACAUGUACCACCCCAUCUACCCUUUCAACUGAGUUAACUCAAGGAGCAUAUUCUGAUUGGGAACUUGAAAAUGGGAGUGACUGUGUUUUUGAUUAUUUAACCUGUUUUAAAACUGGUUGUUGCAUGAUGUCACUUUUUAAGGGUUGACUACCCAUUUAUGUUUUGUAAUUUGAUUUUGAUUUGUCAAUAUUUAAGAUCAUUGUUAGUUAUAAUUUUGAAAUAUAUUGAAAAAUUAUAAAUAUAAUUAGAGUCAAUAAAUUUAUGUGAAUUCAACAAUAUUUUGAAGAAUUAAAAAAAUCUAAGGUUUCGCUAGAUUUUUAAAAGCCAAACUUACUAAUUGUAUAAGUAAUAUUAAAUGUAUUAUUGUAAAUGUACUAUUUGAAAAUUUUAUUUCCUAACUUGCAAUCGAAACAAAUUGGCCCUAUCAAUGUGAAGUACAAUGAUUGUACAAAAUUGUAUAUUUUUAAGUCUUGUAUAUUUAUUACUGACUAAUGUUACUUUUGGUUGACCAUUGUCAUUUGUAAAUAUGAAGUUCAUGGAAUGAAGUAUGAAUUUAAUUUUAGUCUAAUAACCUAAAUGUUAACCUUUUUUGAUGUUUUUGAAGAAAAAGGCAUUACUUAAACCCUUAAUAUCUCAUUUGAUUUAUAAUUGCCAAGCUCAAUAAUAUGCUUUAAUGAUGUUUAGUAGUGUAUUUUGAAAUAAGUGCAAAAAAUAAAAAUAAAAUUAUUUCAUAGCCUGCUUUUUAAAGAUUUAACCCUUCUAAUAUGUACUUUUUCUUCAUUUAUGAAAGAUUGACAUAUUGCCAUUUUUAAAAUGUUGUUUGCCCUUUGAUUUGUGGUAUGUUUGAUUAUGAUUUAUUUCAUUUUGGGAGGCUUUAGUCUGUUGUAAUUAUGAAGUUCAUUUUAUGAUGUUUAACUUUGAUUUUAGUUUAAUAACAUAAAUGUACACAUAACAUUUUUGAAUACUUUUUUUAAAACAGACAUUAUCUAAAUCUUAAUAUAUCUCAUAUGAUUUUCAAAAACCAACCUUAAUAAAAUGUUUUGAUGCUGUUUAGUAGUCUAUUUUGACAUAAGUGUAAAAAAAAAAUAUUUCCUGGUCUGCUCUUGGAAGGUUUGACCCUUCAAAUAUGAACUUUUUCUUCAUUUCUGAGAAAUUGGAAAUAUGCCAAUUUUUAAGAGUUGUCUGCCCUUUGAUAUGUUUAAUUAUGACUCAUAUAAAUUUUGGAAAGCUAUUGUCUGCUGUUGUUAAGUUAAAAAAUAUAAAUAUACACUUAACCUUUUUCAAUUUUUUUUAAAACAAGCAUUAUCUAAAGCCUGAUAUCUCAUAUGAUUUUUAAAUGCGAAGCUCAAUAAUAUGAUUUGAUGAUAUUUAGUAGUCUAUUGUGGUAGUAGUAUGAAAAAGAAUUAUUUCCUAACCUGCUCUUGGAAGAUUUGGCCCUUCCAAUUUGUACUUUUUCUUCAUUUAUGAAAGAUUGGAUAUUGCCAAUUUUUAGGAGUUGUCUGCCCUUUAAUGCGUUUCAUGUUUGACUACGACUUAUGCCGUUUUUGGAAGAGGCGUGUCUGUUGUAACUUUGAAAUAAUUUUGAAAAAAAAAUGCAUUUGUAAAUUAAUUUUUUUUUAGUGAAAUAAAUAACUUUUCAUUUUUACCCUUUUUCUGGAUAUUUACAUAUAAUAUUGAUGAAAAUAUGUAAAAUACAGAUGGCGCUGCGUAUGGCGACCAUGUUGAAAAUAGCAAUUUGGGGGGGGGAUUUUUCAAUUACUAUUUUAGAUGUCUACCUACGCACCAAAUUUCAUCAAGAUGUGGUAACCUAUGAUUUGGACAGUGUUGCAUGAUAUUUCGCUAGACAGGCUCUUGAAAAAUCUUACUAGAUUAUCUUUGCAUUGAUUGCACUUUUAAGGAUAUGAAUACCUGUAUGAGCGUACUUCGCGUCUGCAGAGCACAAACACUUCUUAUUUGUUUUUCUAAGCAUCAAAUAAUAUUGAUAAAUUCAUGCACUCUUGUUUGUCAAAUUCCCCACAUACAGCAUCUUUUUUAUUUGCGGCAAUGCCAUUCUUACACUGUUUUCUAGUCCAGGAGUUCUUCCAGUUUUUGUCGGAAUUCUCAUUUCUACUUCUUGGUGUUUUAUAUGGGCAACAUCGUAGUGAUUUUAAUCGUUUCCUAACUUUACGCAUCCAUAUAGUUUAUAUUUAGGUCCCGGAUGUUUACCGGGUUAAAGUUACCGAUGUGUAUCGAACAAGUUGUAGUAUGGAAGGAAAAUCAUUGACAUUUUUUAUCGGCUUAUGCGCCCUUCCUUUGGUCUGCAAGUCUGCAAGAUACUGCUACACAUUCUACUAUUUUGAUGGAUCGUACUUUGAGUACAACUGCAAGUACGAAAUAACCAUUACAGAUAGAUUUGGAAUUGCCUUUGGAGUUGUGACUGGAGUGGGACUCCUGGUGUCUUUUUUUGUGUUUCUGUUGUGUAAACAUAGACAAAAUGCAUCAUACAACCAGACCAUAGCGUAUCAAACUACGCCAAGCCUUGGUUAUGCAGGUCACCAACGAAUCAUUCAAACUACGUUACCACCUGCUGUUAUUGCAAACACUGCACCACCCACUGAAAACCAUCCACCCCAGACACAAACAUACAACCAAGAGUCGGGCACCAAAAAUGCACGUGGAACAGAAGCAACACCAAUACCCCUAACUGGAACACAGUUAAAUAAUGAAGCUAGAAAAGACAAACCUCUACUAUAUAAGUUCUAAUCUACAAAGAGUGGGAUGUAAUAUCAACCACUAAUUGACUCUGGAAUUCAAAACUUCUUCGAGUUACCUGACACUCGGUGAUUUCCGUGUCGAUAAAACAAAUAAUGAUAAAGUACUGAGGAAGAAUUAGUCUUCAUUUGGUAUAUGCUGCAUAUUAUGGCUGUAAAUGUUUACGCUUGCUUUGAAAAUUCUAAACAACAUAACCUGGUUAAGCAGUCUUUUAGAUGGGACCGUGGGCCACAUAUGACGACCAAACUAAAUAUUUUGUACUUUGAAAAAUUAAUGUUUUUUAACACUUCUUAAUUUCGUGGUUUAUGCAAACAGCCCAUAUUUUUUUUAGAUAAUCACAUUUAAAAGUAGUGCCAGACUGUCAGCUGAUAGAAAAUGAAGGAAAAUGGACGCCUGGAUCACAUAUAGAAAUAUAUGAUUCAUCGCUAAGCGUGUAGGUUUUGUAUAUUUAUUCAACAAAAAUGUAUUAAUACGCAUUUGUUAUGAAUUUCUGUCAGAAGUAGAAGGAAAUCAGACUAUUGGUGAUAUUGGUGAACCUACUCUGUUGUAUUUUGGUUUGUUUGUUUGCUUUACGUCCCGUCGAGAUUUUUCACUCAUAUUGAGACGUCACCAGUUGUAAGUGAAGUACCACAUAUCAACGCUCAGGGUCCUAGCAGUAAGGAUUCAUUACCAUGCCAACGCCUACCGCGAGACAGGAUCUCCAUUUUAAAGAUCCUAUGUAAAAGACCCGUGAUUCUUGCUUCUAAAUGCCGAGCGUUUGAUGAAUGAGCAAUCAUUACGUAUAUUUGCGUCUUAGUUUUGACGUGGCCAUAUUACGAGCGGGACUCGAGCUCACGACCUUCCUUCUACGUGGUGUUCUCUGAGGAAAGCAGACUAGGAUUGUUCACUUGAAUCGCUGAUGUAUGAUGUUUUCCACCAUAGUACGUAUACAGUGCCGUAUAACAACUUCACUGAUCAACUGAAACAGCUCCCGCGAAAUACAGUCCAUUUUAACAUUUACCACUCUCAAUAUUUGUAACUGUUUCUCUUAGAAAGGUAUGUUUUUUUUUCUUGAAAUAGAGGACAGCGGUUACGGAAAAGGACGAGCGCGUGUCCCGAUUGUAGAAAUUAGUCAGCGCUUAUUAUGACGUCAUAGGUGAAAACUAAUAUAUGAAUAAGAUAAAUUAAAGAAUAAAUAAGAUGAAUCUACUUUUUUAGUUUACAGUUUCUUGAAAACCUUGUCUUUAUUCGUUGUUGGUUUAAAUGUUAUUUCAUUGUUGUACAUUGAUAACAAGAUAUCAUGAUUACAUACGUUAUAGUCAAUUAUUAUUGUUGUACGUAUAAUAAAGCAUCAAUAAUGAA